GUCUUUGGGGGAAAGUCGGCGAAGGCCCUAUGGAGACACAAUGGAGGUCUAUGGACGACGUGCAGGCCGACAGACAGUUCAACGGGUCCUCUGAGCAGAUAAGUCGUCCCCAUACAAACCAGACGAGGGUUCAUUGCUAUUGACCCGCGAGAACAGCACGUCCACAGAGCCUCCCCACCUUGAAUGGCCUUGUUGAAAAGGAGAGCCAUAAAUUGUGGGAUGAGCAGGGGGGGAGACUCUGCAUCCCCCUCCUCUCGCAUCCCCCUCUCUCACAUGCUAUCUCUUUCUUUCCUUUACCAAGUAGUGGUUUCCAUCUCACCAAACCCUUUUCCCCCUGAAUGUUUAAAAAGAUGAAAGGAUAAGGAAAAGAAUGGAGACAAAAGAGGGGAGGUUUACGUUACAACCCUGCCCCUGAGAGACUGCUCAUGAAAGAGUCCGGGGAUGGGAGAGAUAGGGACCGGAGAGGAGACACAGAAAGAGAAGGGGGAUCAUGAAAAGAGGUUUUUCAAACUCAAAGCCGCUAAAACGGGUCUCUUCUGUAUAGAGGCAGACUAAAGUGCAGUCUUCACUCAGGGACGGAGACAUUUAACACUGUCAAUACCCUCAAAUAGAGGGGAGCGUUGAUGUACUUGCACCCAUUGACUGAUUACACAAGCACACACGCAUAUACACACUAUAUGCAUUUUUUCUUUUUCUCUUAACCAUGCCCAUCGUACAGGAGCACUCGGUGUCGAUUUCUGAAAAUCUUCCACCAGAUUAUCGUUCCCAUUAACACACAAACACUGCCUGGUGUCUCCCUCGCAAGCAUUCCUCCCUCCUGGCAUUUAGUGUCAGUCACUCGAAAUCCUUGCAACCCUCCCACCAUUCUCUCUAUCUCUGACUUUGUCUGAACUUGCCCUGUAUGCACUUAGAUAUUUCUGCCUCAGGGUGCAUCAGUGAGAGUUGGAGUCUGAAAAAAAAAGCAAGAGAAAGUUGUUAGCUUGAUGCGGACAGGAUUGGCGGUCAAACAAAGAUGACGAUUGAAAAGUCAGUGAUGUGCAGAGGUUGUUUUUUUGCACUCUUGCUCCCACUCUCUCAUAGACAAAACUAACUGCAACAAUUCCACGAUCAAUGAUGUAAAGAGGUUAGUUCAAUGUUCCUUCACAGUUUUUCUUUCUUAUUGUCACGUGUGUCUCAUUCUUUUUUUUCUAAACCCAGACUCACCAAAAGCCUUUAAGUCACAACAUAAUCCAGGGAAUAACACAAUUGUCUACAGCGGUUAUCGUUUUUUCCUUUUGGGAUUUCUCUUUUCAACAAACAUGUUUCAUGACCCAAACUGCUUUUCAGACUUUUAUUAAAGCCCGACUAUAACAAAACUGAUCCUUUUCUCAACCUGCCUUUUACAUGAGGAACUUGCCUUAGGCAACAUCACUCACUGUGUCUCAUAACUGGGAUAUUAGUUUCAUUUUCUACUUAUUAUCUUCUGCUCAUGAUGCACCUUGUUGAAUCUGGACAUUUCAGACCUAUUCUCAUUUCCAAAAUGUCACUUUCACUACCUCCAGCUCCUCUGAGAAAUGUUUUCCCACACGCAGCGCCAUCACACAUCAACUUGUUGCUUCGCGUUGGACAUCCUCCUUCGUUUGAAACUCAGAUCUGAGCGUAAUUGGAUGGUAGCUAUUAUGGCAAUUACUGCAAAUAGCUGAGCUGAGCUGUCAGGGCGAGCUAAAAGUCUCUCUGUCCACAAGUGAGCCAGCGAGUCAGACGUCAGACCUCAAUUACAGAUGCUCGACCUCCCGAUGGUACCAGUAUGUCAGUUCUGCAUCAUCUCCUCUUCCAUCUUCACACACUUGGAUUCUCUGCGUCUGAUUUGUUUUUCCUUUUCAACGCUCCUUCCAUCAUUCACCUUUAAUGCACUCCACUCCCUCAUCGUCCUCCUUCCCCCUAUAUUCAAACCUCUCUUAAAUAGGAGCUGCACUGCCAUUUGUAACAGUACCAUACACACUGAGGUAUGGCUGCAUAUGUUUCCAAUUUCAGGCGUAAUGCUUCUCUCUGUGCAAUCUGACCCAAUUAGCCAAAGCCUCCUGGAAUUGCCCCAGUCAGCAGCCAUGGUGGUAAAGAGGUAAAGGGUCAAAGAUGACGCAAAGACUUUGACUUUGCCAACCGUCCCCUCUCCCUCUUCAUCUCCACAUCCCUCCUCUCGUCUGUGUGUCUUUCCCGAUGCCUCGCUCUCGUCGGAUGGGAGACAGCGACACACAGCAGCACAUACCCUUCCACUGUCUCCACAGACAGGAUGACGAACCAGUCGAAAGCCAACCAGUCCAACACAAACAAGAAGGAGAAAGAAGAAAGCCAGCGAGAUGACAACACAGACGUUGUAUAUAAAGAUGCAGGCCACUGCAGCCGCAACACCCACAACCUGCUGCUGGGACUCACUAUUCUGGGUGUUGUCAUGGGAUCGUUGUUUGGGACGCUGUUGCGGUACAUGAGUGUGAAGGACUAUGCUGCCCUCACUAUGAUUUCCUUCCCUGGAGAUAUCCUCAUGAGGAUGCUGAAGAUGCUCAUCCUGCCUCUAAUCAUUUCCAGUCUCAUCACAGGACUGGCUGGUCUAGAUGCCCGCUCCAGUGGCAGGAUGGGAAGUAGAGCCAUGCUGUACUACAUGUCCACCACUGUAAUCGCUGCCACCCUUGGGGUCAUCCUGGUGUUGAGUAUCCACCCGGGGAACCCAAAACUAAGGGGGGGUGGCGCCACAACCUCCUCAGUCCCGAGGAACCCGGAGGUCAGCAGUCUGGACGCCUUCCUCGACCUGCUCAGAAACCUGUUUCCUGAGAACCUCGUGCAGGCCUGCUUCCAACAGGUUCAAACGGUGCUGAAGAAGGUGCCGGUUAUGGUAGAAAACCAAACUGAGCCCAUCAUUGAGAACAGGAAGAAACUGGAGUACAAAUGGGGCAUGAACGUCCUCGGCUUGAUCGGCUUCUUCAUCACCUUUGGGAUCUGCAUGGGCAGGAUGGGCGAGCGAGGGAGGGUCAUGUCCGAUUUCUUCAACGUCCUCAACGAGAUAAUCAUGACGAUGGUCUCCAUAAUCAUGUGGUACUCUCCUGUCGGCAUUGCCUCCCUGAUUGCGGGGAAGAUUGCGGGCAUCGGAGACCUGGAGAUGGUUGCCAGGCAGCUGGGCAUGUACAUGGUGACCGUCAUCGUGGGCCUGGUGAUCCACGGCGGCUUGAUCCUACCUGCUAUAUUCUUUGCUAUCACUAGAAAAAGCCCCAUCACUUUCUACUCUGGAAUCUUCCAGGCGUGGAUCACAGCUCUGGGCACUGCCAGCAGUGCGGGAACGUUACCCGUCACCUUCCGCUGCCUGGAGGAAAAUCUGAAGAUUGACAAGCGUGUGACUCGUUUUGUGCUGCCCAUCGGCGCCACCAUUAACAUGGACGGCACUGCGCUGUAUGAGGCUGUGGCAGCCAUCUUUAUUGCCCAGAUGAAUGACAUCUCUCUGGAUACGGGACAGAUCAUCACUGUCAGUAUGACUGCCACCCUGGCCAGUGUGGGGGCUGCCAGUAUUCCCAGUGCUGGGCUGGUUACCAUGCUGCUGAUCCUGACCGCUGUGGGGCUGCCGACUCAGGAUAUCAGUCUGCUCAUCGCUGUCGACUGGCUGCUUGUCUCCAGGCAGAAGAUGAGAAUGGAGAUCACAAUGACCAUGACGCUGAUGAUGGCGAUGAUGCGAGCUCCGCUGGAGGACUCUGGAUACUCAAACAGCAUCCAGAGGCGACGCUGCAAGUCAUUGGCGGUGGAGAAUGGAGCCAAGGUGGUGUUUUGUGCUAGAGGAGGUGCAGUAGGUGAGGCUCUAGAGGCAGAGUUAAACAAAGCAGGGCCAGGCUCAUGCAAAUUUGUCACAUGUGACGUCUCCAAAGAGGACGACAUCAAGAGAUUGAUUGCAGUCACAGUGGAGCAUUAUGGACAUGUUGACUGCCUGGUCAACAAUGCAGGGUGGCACCCCCCUCACAAACCCACUGAUGACACCACAGCAGAAGAGUUCAGGGAUCUGUUGAAUCUGAACCUCAUCAGCUACUUCUUGGCUUCAAAAUAUGUGCUGCCGUACCUACGACAGCGUCGGGGAAACAUCAUAAAUAUCUCCAGUCUAGUGGCAACCAUCGGUCAGAAAAAUGCUGCACCAUAUGUUGCCACCAAGGGGGCGAUAAUCUCCAUGACAAAGGCGAUGGCUGUGGAUGAGAGUCGCUACAAUGUGAGAGUGAACUGCAUCUCCCCAGGUAGUGUGCUGACACCUCUGUGGGAAGAAUUAGCAGGACACACACCAGAUGCUGCAGCGACCAUUAAAAUGGGAGAAAAUUGUCAGCUGAUGGGUCGUAUGGGGACGGAGGCUGAGUGCGGACUGGCUGCCUUGUAUCUGGCUGCAGAUGCUACGUUCUGCACCGGGAUCGACCUGUUGCUCAGCGGGGGGGCUGAGCUCGACUACGGCUUCAAGAGUCAGAUCCCUUCCUGACUGCUUCCUUGUGGCUGUGGUAAAGAUGGUUAACAGAUGUAAUUGUUUAAUGCAGAUUUUACAUAAUUGUUCAAAUAUUUUAUGUCUCUUGUGUUGCUUUAGCCAAGUUAUUUUUUAAACGUCAAAAUAGAAAAAGAAGGUUGGGUAAUUCAGCUUGACAUACUAUAGACUAACAAAUCAAAAUGUAAACCUUUUCAAUCAAACCUCUUUGUAGACUGCAGGUUGCCCAGAGAAAAUAUUACAAAUUAAAAUGAAUACAUUUGUUAUUAUUGAAGUGCCAAAACUAUUUACAUUGUAAAAUACAAUUAAAAUAUCUGAAUUAUACUGUUAAAACAUUAAUAUAACCAAUGCUUUCAACCUUUUCAAAUGAUUGUGUUUGUAUUUUCAUUCAAUCAAAUAAAAAGUGAAAUGUAAUUUAUUAGAUGACCAAUAUGCUUGACUGCAUCAGUCUGCUUAAUGUCUUGGGGCCUUUCUUAUUUCUCUCAUUUCCCCUCCUCGAAUCCUCGGUCCUCCGGUAGUGACCCAG